AUGCAUAGCUCUCUCGUCCGUCUCCAACAAGUCUUCGGCUUCCUCACGACCGUCAGUUUCAUACUGGCCAGCAUAAUCGCGCUGACAUCGUAUACUUACCCCAUGAACCCGACGGCGUCGAUAAAGAUUAAUGAUGUUGCUGUUGUCAAGCGACGUUCCGGCGGAUACUACUCAACAAGACAGAACGAAUAUGCGAAUGUUAAAUUUGAUUUGAAUGCCGACUUCGAAUCCCUCUACAAUUGGAACACAAAGCAAAUAUUCGUCUGGAUCUCUGCAACAUACGGCGGCGAUAGAUACCCGACAAACGAAGCCGUAAUCUGGGACAAAAUCAUCCCCGCCGCCGCCCCUUCUAAGAAACUUACCUUGAAAAAUAUUAAAGCAAAAUACAACAUUCACGAUAUCACUGGUGAAUAUGCUCACAGGAAUGCUACAUUGAAGUUAUCAUGGAACGUACAACCUCAUGUUGGUGUCCUUAUGUGGGGUGGCGUCGGGGAAAGCAUAACGAAGAGCUUCGUGUUCCCUAGUGAGAAGGCCAGAAAUGCUGUAUAA